AUACUCUCCAUCCCUGGCUUUGCAACGCGUGGCGGUGAAACGUGUAAAAUUUUGUUACAAAUUUUGCAACAAUUUCGCCAAAUUAACCGCAAAAAUAAGUUGUUUUUGUUCGAAGAUCAAUUGACAGCUGCAUAUGUGCUGGCACAGGUGUUGAACUGAACUGGAAAAGGUGUCAAAAGCGAGCGAAGAGAUUGUUCACACAACACUCUCACACAACCACACGCACGCACGCACAUACACGUAGAAUUUUGUGUUGUGCUGCCAGACAGUAGUAAAGUGCAGGAGAAAAGCAGAAGUAAAAGCAAAAGCAGCGACGUCUAAGUUGGCUUAGACGUUGAAACGACAAAAGCAAAUUAAUCACAAAUUGAAAGGCAGGGCUGUCUCCUUUACCCCCUUUGUAUUGCUUUCAUAUUCCAACCGUUCUACUGCUCUCGGUGGCAAUCGACGACGCAAGUCAAACGCGUUUUUGUGUGAGUGCAGCAAAAGCAGAAGCAGGGCGAAAGUGUGUCGGUGCCGUCGUCGUCGUCGACGUCGCAGUUAGUGUGUGUUAUUGUGAGUGCUAAGCAGCACAGCCAGCGCAGAGGCGAAAAGUGAAAUUUUCCACUCGAAAAGCGAUUUGCUCGAAACCUCAAAAGGCAUCAGCAAUGGCCGCGCAGGAGAAUACGGAAAUUUCAACAAAAUUCUCAACACUCAAUGUGAAUGCCGUGGAAUUUGUGCCCAGCUUUAAUUACAGCAGCGCUGCCAGCGCAGCGGCUGUUGCAGCGGCUGCAGCGCAAGCGCCGCCGACUACACAGCAACAACAACAGCAGCAGCAGACAACGCCAGUGGAUAAUGCUGUUGCGCCUGGAAGUGAAUCAGUGCCGGCAUCUGGUAGUGCCACACCUGCAACAACGCCCGAUUCCACAGGCAGUGCUGGUUCCACAAAUGCACUAAACGCCGGUGGUGGUGGAGGCGGAGUAGGAACGGGUACGGUCGAGGGUACGGGUACGGCAGCACCAUCAUCGGCGGCCGCCUCAAAUUCGGCAUCACCAGCGCUAGGCUCGCCCGUUACCACGCCUUCGACAGCGGCAGCAGCACCAAUUGAGCAUAUAAAUGUGGCGGACAAAAUAACGGCAAACAAUGAAACGGAUCCCGCUGAUAGCUGGGAUGUGGAAGAUGAUCCUAUCAUUACGCCUGACGAGGAGGAAAUCGAUGAUGUUGAAUUCGUUGAGGGUGAAGCCACGCCGAAGGUCUCAAAGAAAAAGAUAAUCAAAGUGGAGGAGAACAGAAGCAAACGCGAGCAUGUGAAUGUGGUUUUCAUUGGUCAUGUUGAUGCUGGGAAAUCAACUAUUGGCGGCCAGAUCAUGUCGCUGACGGGCAUGGUGGACAAGCGCACAUUGGAGAAAUAUGAACGAGAGGCGCGAGAGAAAUCGCGCGAGAGUUGGUAUUUGUCUUGGGCGUUGGACACAAAUCAGGAGGAGCGCGACAAGGGCAAGACCGUGGAAGUGGGUCGGGCCUUUUUCGAAACAGAUCGCAAGCAUUUUACCAUCUUGGAUGCACCUGGUCACAAGAGUUUUGUCCCAAACAUGAUUGGUGGAGCGGCGCAGGCGGAUUUGGCUGUGCUCGUUAUUUCCGCGCGAAAAGGUGAAUUUGAGACGGGCUUCGAUCGUGGUGGACAGACGAGAGAGCAUGCCAUGUUGGCCAAAACGGCUGGCGUUAAGCAUUUGGUUGUGCUCGUGAAUAAGAUGGAUGACCCAACCGUUAAUUGGGAUCAGGGACGCUACAACGAAUGCAAAGACAAGAUACUACCAUACCUCAAGAAGCUCGGCUUCAAUCCAGCCAAGGAUUUAACCUUUAUGCCUUGUUCCGGACUCAGCGGCUAUGGCCUCAAGGAUCAAAUACCAGAAACAUUGUGCCCCUGGUAUAGGGGGCCUGCCUUCAUACCCUUUAUCGAUGAGUUGCCCUCGCUAAACCGCAAUCAGGAUGGCCCCUUCAUUAUGCCCAUUGUAGAUAAAUAUAAGGAUAUGGGCACCGUUGUCAUGGGCAAAGUUGAAUCCGGCUGCGCGCGCAAGGGUCAAAAUUUGCUAGUUAUGCCCAAUAGGACGCAAGUGGCUGUUGAUCAACUGUUUUCAGAUGACUAUGAGGUGACCUCUGUAGGGCCCGGCGAGAAUGUCAAAAUCAAGCUGAAAGGCAUCGAGGAAGAAGAUGUUUCGCCUGGUUUUGUGCUCUGUGAUGCCGCCAACCCAAUUAAGACAGGCAAAAUCUUCGAUGCUCAGGUCGUUAUAUUGGAACACAAAUCAAUUAUCUGUGCGGGCUAUUCAGCUGUCAUGCACAUACACUGCGCUGCCGAGGAAGUUACGGUCAAGGCACUCAUCUGUUUGGUAGACAAAAAGACUGGUGAGAAAUCAAAAACACGUCCACGAUUUGUUAAACAGGAUCAGGUCGCAAUAAUGCGCAUCGAAUGCUACGGCAUGAUUUGCCUAGAACAAUUUAAGCUGUUCCCACAAAUGGGACGUUUUACGCUGCGAGAUGAAAAUAAAACAAUCGCUAUUGGCAAGGUACUCAAGGUGAUCGAAUAAAUUGAGCCAAGCUAAGUUUCGAACGCCCGCCUUUUUUCACUGCGGCUUUACAGCAAAACACCUUUUUAUGUAUGCCAGACGAAUCGGAUGAGAUAAGAUGAAUUGAGAUGAGAUGCCAAUGCCAACGCCUACGCCACGCUUUCUACAGUUUUAAUUUCAUACACAAUUAUUAUGUAACCUAACAACAAUAGCAAUUGAGAUAAUGGUUAGAGCAAAGAUUUAUAUAGCAAGUAUCUAAAAGAAAACAAGGAGGAAUAGUUUGGCACACGCAGUUAUCAACACAGAGAGAGAGACACACAGAGGAUGAGCAACGGAGCAACAGAAAUGCAUUAUAUGAAUAUAUAUUUAUAUAUAUUAAUAUAAACUAUGUUAUGUAUAACUAAAAGAAACAUGCAAAUGUACUAAUUAUUUAUAUGUACAGUUAUUUGUCGGAUUUACGUUUGUUUCGACUUGGCAAAAAAGAAACUGAAAACUCAAGGAAAUUGAGCAGCAGACAUCGCUUUAUUAACUUGUAAACUUUUAAGCAGACAUUCAUGAAUUUUUUAAAACA